GAGAUGGCACACACCAAUGACGUAGACAUUGUCGCUGUUUUUAAUACGUCACCACGGCCGACAUUCCCCCCCUGUUGGUGUCAGAACAUGGUCGACUUUUGACUGGAUUCAGGAAGUGUCAGCACCUAACCGCCUGAAACAAUGCCGCGCUACGAACUGGCCCUCAUCCUGAAGGCAAUGCAGCGACCGGAGACGGCAGCGGCUCUCCGGCGGACAGUGGAGACUUUAAUGGAGCGGGGCGCUGUGGUGAGAGACAUGGAGAACCUCGGAGAGAGGCUCCUGCCCUUUGCUAUGAUCAAACACAACCAAAGACACCGCCGCGGAUCCUACUUCUUGAUUGACUUCUACGCAGCUCCCAGCGUCCUCACUGGCCUUGUCGAUCACUUACAUCGUGACGUGGACGUGGUGAGGCCCACCGUGCUGAGGAAGGACACACAGCAGGCCAAACAAACAUGCUGUGGCUCUCAGCAGUGAUGGAACGUAUUUGCAGGUUAUAUUCAGAGGAUGUGCUGUAUGCUGCUUCUUUGACCUCUUCCAUGACUGUUGGACCCGAUUUAGCUGUUUUGACAUUAAUAAAAACGUUUUUAAUAUUA